AUGGCCCUGUGGACACGCCUGGUGCCCCUGCUGGCCCUGCUGGCGCUCUGGGCCCCCGCCCCGGCCCGCGCCUUCGUCAACCAGCACCUGUGCGGCUCCCACCUGGUGGAGGCGCUGUACCUGGUGUGCGGAGAGCGCGGCUUCUUCUACACGCCCAAGGCCCGCCGGGAGGUGGAGGGCCCCCAGGCGGGGGCGCUGGAGCUGGCCGGAGGCCCCGGCGCGGGCGGCCUGGAGGGGCCCCCGCAGAAGCGUGGCAUCGUGGAGCAGUGCUGUGCCGGCGUGUGCUCUCUCUACCAGCUGGAGAAUUACUGCAACUAG